CGAAGUUAUGAAUUGUCAGUCGUAGACCGCACAAACGAAGGCGCAGAGAAUAUGUAGAAAGUAUACCUGAAAUAAAGAAGAAAAAGUUCUGUUGGAGUAUUUACAAAGAGAUGGAUGAUUCUAAAGUCAACUAUUUGUUAUGGUUGUUUUUGACGUUCGUUGUUCCUUCGACUUGUUUCCAGACAGACGUUGGUGUCUUGUUAAUGACGGACAACUUUCUACCUUUUGACAUGCAGAGGAUCGCGCCGGCCAUUGACAUGGGCCAGAGAGAUGCUGAGAAGGUGUUCAACAUUUCCUUUAAACUGAUUCUCAGCAACUAUUCCACCGAUUGCGACGGUGCAUGGACCGAGAGCGUUGGCAAGAUGGCGGAGCUUUUCUACCACAGAAACGUCAGUGUGUUUUUGGGCCCCGCUUGCUCGCAGGGUGUGGCGUCCGCCGGGCUCUUGGCUGAGUACAUGGGGGUCCCCCUGGUUACGGGGGUGGGGGACUUACUAGAGCGAUCACCCAUUGAAAAGAAAGGAUACGAGACGACGACCAUUUUGUCUUACUCCAUUGAUAAAAUGUCAGUGUCGAUGAAGCAAAUACUGCUUAAGUACGGAUGGAGACAUACCGCCAUUUUGUAUGAUGAAGACGAGGUCUUCUUCCGGCGAGUAGGGAAGAACCUUGCGAUGGAUUUUAGACAGGAUGACACCCUUAACAGACCUUACGAGCGACCGUUUUCAAAAUCUACCGUGGACUUUUCUAGCAUUUUGUCCGAAGCAUCCAAAUUCGCAAGAGUUUUCAUCAUCUUAUCACAAGCACACCAGUUUCGUGAUGUCAUGUAUGACGCAUACAGACAGAAAAUGGCGAACGGCGAUUAUGUAUUUAUAACCAUUGAACUCUUUCCUAGUGCACACUGGGGUCACUACACAAAGUUUACUGACCAGUCCUACAAAGAUUCCUACAAGAAUAAAUAUGUGAAAAGGGCGUAUGAAUCCGUGCUCGUGCUCUCACUGAUGCGGCAGACUGGUGACCUUUACGACAAGUUCAAGUCAGAGGUGAAAGUCAGAGCUUUAGCAGACUAUGGCUAUAAUCUGGAAGAGAGCGAAACAGAUAAUUACUUCAUUCGAGCGUUCUAUGCGAGUGUCAUUUAUCUUGCUGCCGCUUAUAACAAAACGAUACAAGAAGGUGGAGAUGUCAACAAUGGGUUUGCACUUGCCAGAAAACUUUGGAAUAGCACAUAUAAAGUUCCGGCUCUGGAUGAGGUGGUGGCUAUUGAUGAGUUUGGUGACAGAAUUGCCGACUUUGACGUGUUUGAUUUGAGGGACGGGGACUCGGACCCCCCGGCAUUUGAGGUGGUGGGCAAGUUUUUCGGAUCCACUCUUCUCUAUAGUCCUGUACCUGGAGUGGAAAUCAAGUGGAUCAAAGGAAUUCCCGUGGAUGUGCCAGAUUGUGGAUUUACCGGAGAACUGUGCCUUAGGAAUAGGAAUGUGGACCAGACGACUUUGGUCAUUAUUGUCUGCUUUCUGAUCCUUGUCAUCGCCAUCUGCAUUGUUUUCAUUAUCGGUUAUUAUUUCCACAGAAAGAAUCACGCACUAUACGAGAUGAAGUGGAAAAUUAAUUGGGAACACGUGCAAUUCACACUUUCCGGGUCGGCAGGAAUAUUCGGAAGUUUCAAAUCCAGCAAUUUGUUUUCAAACAACGAAAGUGUUAGAGAGCUUGAUGUGUUAUCUACGCGUACUUGUGACACUGGGCGUCAGAUGUUCGGAACCAUCGCUUAUUGCCGAGGAGUUGUUGUUGCCAUUCGGAAGUUCUCGGUCUCUUCCAUUGACCUCAAUAAGAAAAACUUGCUGGAGUUGAAACAGUUAUUUUCAUUACGUCAUCAAAACGUCGCAGCGUUUAUCGGAGCUUGUGUAGAUGUCGGCAAGGUAUCAGUAAUGGUGGAAUACUGUCCUAAAGGUAGUCUACAGGAUAUCCUACAGAACGAGAGCAUUGAACUGGACUGGACAUUUAAGUGUUCCCUAAUUCAGGAUAUUAUCAUGGGGAUGCAAUUUUUGCACGGAAGUGACGUCAAAGUUCAUGGUCGACUGAGCAGUUCUGCUUGUGUAGUUGAUGGCAGGUUUUUGCUGAAGUUGCGAUGCUACGGCCCAAAAUGUUUUUAUGAGGUGGAAGAGAAGAAAAAGUCAAAGAAAGAAGUGAUGAAUUAUAACAAGCUCCUGUGGAGGGCCCCCGAAUUACUGCGCAUGAAGGAGUGGAACCCAGGGACCCAGAAAGGGGAUAUUUACAGCUUUGGGAUUAUUUUACAGGAGAUCGCAGACAGGACUGCCCCUUUUGACAGUUACGACAUGGUGGCAUUUGACGUAGUUCACAAGGUAAAAAGUGGCGAGAGACCGCCAUUUAGACCGGAAAUCAACGAUAACUACUCGGAAAGCCUCAAUUUGUUGAUGACGGAAUGCUGGUCGGAAAACCCAGACAACAGACCCGCAUUUGACGUCAUUGUCAAAAGAUUCAAAACAAUUUUCAGGGGUCGUAGUAACAACAUUAUGGACAAUUUGAUUCGGCGGAUGGAGCAGUACGCUAACAACCUGGAAGGCCUAGUGGAGGAGAGAACCAAGGCGUACGUGGAGGAGAAAAAGAAAGCGGAAAACCUCCUUAACCGGAUGCUUCCAAUGUCUGUUGCAAAGAGUCUACAGCUAGGUCAGUCCGUUGACCCGGAAACAUUUGAGGAGGUGACUAUAUAUUUUAGUGACAUAGUUGGGUUCACGGCGCUGGCUGCCCGGAGCUCGCCAUUACAGGUGGUGACGCUUCUCAAUGACCUCUACACGUGCUUUGAUUCCAUUAUCAAUGGAAGGCGUGUUUACAAGGUAGAGACUAUCGGCGAUGCCUAUAUGGUUGUAGCCGGCCUGCCAGAGAGGAUAGGGUCUCUUCACGCCAAGGAAAUCGCCGAUCUCUCAUUGACCAUCAGAGAAAGCGUUCGAUCUUUUCAAAUUGGCCAUCUACCGAACGAGCAACUUAAAAUACGAAUAGGCGCACACUCAGGUAUGGUGGUCGCCGGGGUUGUGGGGCUGACAAUGCCUCGGUACUGUCUGUUUGGGGACACCGUCAACACGGCCUCUAGGAUGGAGUCCACGGGAGAAGGGAUGAAGAUUCAUAUUUCUGAGUCAACCAAAAGUAUUCUUGAAACAUUUCAUGAUUACACCAUUACAGAGAGAGGGGAAACAGAUGUAAAGGGAAAAGGAGUGAUGAAAACGUUUUGGUUAGAAAGUAAAUCAGAGAAUGAUUUGAAGACAACACUCAACAACUUAGAAAACCAUUACAUUGACUAGUAAAUUUUAAAUUUGCAGGACUUUUUAAAAAUUGGUUUUCGAUAUGUUAAUGAGAGAGACAUGUGUUUCUGUUCUAUUCAUUUAUUUAGUCCUUCUAGUGAAAAUAUUUUACUUGUUAUGAUCGUAAGGAAUAUUUUAUAAACUUGUUUAAAUGAUGUUGACUAAUGUUUGAAAUAAAAAUAG